UUGGCUCAAGGCGGGCUCAAGCAAGCCCUGCAAGCCUGAAUGAGGUUACAUGGAAAGGACACUUCCAACACUACACAUUGUGAUUGUGCGGGCUAGCAUGAUUUAGCAUCGACUGAGCUUCCAGUUGGUGCUGAGCUGGUUGUCAAAAGCACAACAUUCAUUAGGUGCGUGCAGGUCUGUCCUUGAGGUCAAUGCUGCUCAAAGCUCCUGCGCUGUCUGUAGUUCCACUCCUGGCUCCUGGGGAUUGUUGUGCACUGGCAGCAGCCAGCAAGCCAUGCAAGUCAAUCUUCGACGAGGACAGGAUAUGGGCUGAACUUUUGGUGGAUCACUUCAGUGCCGGUCUGCUUCUGUACCGAGACGCUGCACUUGCUUCAAGUACCCCUCAGGUCCAAGCCUCGGGCAGAGAUGGCCGGGAGGAGCUCCUGGCACUUUGCGAAGGCGGAGCCCGCCAGGCCUACAAGCAGCUGGUGGCUGUGGAUUGCGAGCCCUUCGUCUUGCAGCCACGAGCGCGCCUGAUCUUGGAGAUUCACGAGCUCCGAGAUUGGAACAGGCAUUCGCGAACCCUCCUCAGUAUGCGGCAGGCAGAGCGUAUCUCAACAGUGUUGGCCAACCAUGAUGCAGCAACGAGGCUGAGAGAUGCGAUGCUUCCAGAGACCUUGGAACUCAUCGCGUUGCAGGCCGUGGCUGCUGGAGGCCGUGGAACUUGUGACCAACUUGGCUGUGACGAACCUCACCUCGCAGGUGACCUGUCUCUGCCUGCGAAGAAGCUCCAGGAGGGCAUGGCGCGGACAAAAAUACAGCAAUUCUUUGAGAAGAGCAUGGCUUUGACAUUGCGCAUUCUCCCAACAUGACCUCAGCUCUGUUCUUUCCUUGACGAAAACAACAGCUUGGGUUACAUCCUCGCACGCACCUCAGCUGGGGUCACGACGGCCAAUUGAGCUACUACCAAGAACAACACCUUUUCUCAGAGGAUGCCUAUGGCUUGCCGUGUUCGAGGCCUGGGGCGAGGGCGUGGAGGAGUCUUUAUUGCAGGAGCUCAUGUUGGUGCUUUGCGAGCAUGACUUUUUUGACCACGGAAGUCUCUACCUCGCUUUGUCGCGCAGAUUCUGGAACGUCGUGCGAAGCAACGGCGCAACUGGUUUCGGAAGCAGCGCGAGUUUCUCAUGCAGGAAGCCGGUUCGCGGCGCUGAGUUUCUCUUUCACAUUGGCAUUCACGCUUCAGCCAUAGGUGUCCUUGUCAGGUUAGUUUGGUCAGAAAUGGAUGGCACUGUUUUAGAUUGGUCUUACAUUUACC